AAACCGAGAGGAAAGUAGAAGGAAAAAGGCACAAUUCCAGUCUUCUUUGGACAGAAUCACUGUCCCUAUUUGAUUCAGUGCCGAUAACUGGAAUCUUCUCUGAUGCUAUAGUUGGAUCUUCAAUAAUAUUCUUAAACAGGUAACUCUUUUUGUCCUUCAUUCCCAUGUUUAUCUGUGAAAUUCACAUUUUGGGUUGGUGUUUUUCUUUGGAUAUAUGAUUUUUCAAGAUUAAUUUUUUUUAUUUACUUAAUGUGCUUGUAUAGCCCAAAAUGUUUGAAAAUGCUUAACUACGUGUCAUACAUCCCACAUCGGAAAGAUGUGGCUCAGUGAAAUGCAAUAUAAGAUUGGACAAUCCUAACAUUGAUAAGUCGGUUUUCAAGUGAUUAGUGAGUAGUUGAGAUUGGGCAAAAAUGAGCUUUUAGCUCCGAUACCAAUUGUCAUGGACCUAAUUGAAAAUAUGUGCAACAUCAAAUCGUAUGAACUCUCGAAGUUCUGUGUUUGAUUUUUGUUGGUAGAAAUACCCUUGUCGCUAUUCAUUGAGUUUUGAUCCAAUUUAUUUUAUUGAAUGUCCAAAAGAGCAAACUUGUAUGGAGUCGUUAUCGGUUUUAAAAAAAAUAAAUUUAUCAUCACUUGAAUUAUUGCAACAAAUUCUGUCCACAAAAACGUGUUCUUCAUUCCUACGCAAACCAGGAGGUAUCAAAGAUGAAUUGAACCAUAGAAAUGAAAGAGAUUGCGUUUUCUUCUACUCAUACUAAGACUCCAAGCUACUAGAAAGUACAAAGGAGGAUUCUUGAAACAAAUGGCUCAAACAUUGGAGGCUGCAGCAAGAGCAGGAAAUAUUGAUGCUUUGUAUGAAUCCAUUCGAGAAGAUGCCUAUUUAUUGGAUAAAAUCGACAAGGUUCCUUUUGUUGAUACUCCUUUACACAUAGCUGCAUCAGCAGGGCAUACAGAGUUUGCUUUGGAGAUGAUGAGAUUAAAGCCAUCUUUUUCCAGGAAGCUAAACCAAUAUGGUUUUAGUCCCAUUCACCUUGGUUUGCAAAAUGAGCACUAUGAACUUGUGAUUCAUCUUAUAGAGGUCGAUAAGGACCUCGUUCGCGUCCAAAGAAGGGGAGGCAUAACCCCUUUGCAUUAUGCAGCAGAAAAUGGAUUACUGGAUCUUCUGUUCAAGUUUCUAAUGACUUGUCCAGCAUCUAUCGAAGAUGUAACGAUUCAGAAAGAAACUGCUCUGCAUCUUGCUGUGAAAAACAACAUGUUGGAGGCCGUCAAACUCUUACUAGGAUGGCUUUCCUAUGUCAACAAGAAAAUGAUUGCUGAGUGGCCUGACAUAGAAGGCAACACAAUUUUGCAUAUUGCAGCAUCUUAUGGCAACAUACAGCUGGUGAGGCUGUUGAUUAAUAAAGUUGAUACAAGAUCCAAGAAUUCAGCAGGUUUGACACCCGGAGACAUAUUAAAAGGGAGAAAUCCAAAUGAAGAAGAGCUGAAGGAUCUGCUACACUCUGCAGGCGACUCGGGUGCAUUUUGGCCACUUUAUUUUCUGACCCUUUAUGUGAACAGAUUGAUAUCCAGGAUCAUGAAGUGGGUUUUACGUAUGAGAUACAAGAAACCAGCCAAAUUGUCAAAUGAGCAACGCAGUGCAACACUGGUGGUGGCUGUAUUAGUUGCAACAGCCACUUAUCAAGCUAUGCUUACUCCCCCCGCCAGAGAUUGGUUCAAAGACGACAAUAAGGCUGCCAAAUCAACAAUGGAACAGCAAAUAGCACCAGCCCCCUUUGUCCCAAGCAUUGACGUACGGUUAUAUGAUUUUUAUUUUGUUCUAUGGAUGCUUUUCUCAAGCUUUAAUACUGCAGCCUUCUUUACUUCAGUGGUAGAGAUUCUUCAUCUUCUCCCACGCAGUGUUGGUUUGCGUAUGUGGCUUGCUUCUUGUCUUCUUGUAGUUUGCUAUCUGCUUGCAAUGAUACCCAUAUGUGGAUUUGCCUAUGUGGAGUUUGUUAUCCCUAUAACUCUUUUUGUCUGGAUAGUAUUUUCAUUCAUAAGAGGUCGUUUGAAAGUAGUAUCAGUCACAGUCCUGAUCAACUCUUUUUUGAAAUACUACUGAAGAAGCUAUAUAUAGUCCUACCAUGUGUGUUGCCCAUGUAGUGAAACAUAUAUGCUUGUUUGUAUAGAUGUAGUGAAACAUAUAUGCUUGUUUCUUAUUGUUUCACUUUUACAUUACAAUGUAAAGAGUAAAUUCAUAUCCGUGCUUUCCAAAACACAUGUACGCGAUUCUUCAAAUCUUCUAACAGUUGCUUAAAUUGAUUGAUCAGUCAGAUGAAAGUCUUAAUUCAUUGAAAAAUUGAACUUGAUUUGAGUUGGUCUCGGUAAAAAUGUCAAGAGUUUGAUAGGAUAUUAUCAAACUUUUAGCUUUAUUUCAUUAUUGCAAUGUAUUAUUAGAGUAAAUGAUACUUUCUGUUGUUGUGAUUGCUGAACCGACUCGGUUUUUAGCCAAGUUCAUCUGGCUUUACAAAAUGAC